AGGAACUAAAGAACAGGGACAAAACGCGUACAAUUUUUUAGUAUACGAGUAGUGGUGAGUGUCAGGGGGCUGGACUUUACUAAACACUUUAAACGAUAAUUCACUCUGGCAUCACUGUUCACAGCUGUUAUGUCUUUCGGAUCGUGGAGUUGGCUCGACUGGUUCAAGUGGACUCAUGACAUUUAAAACAUGACAGUCAACGGUCCUCCCAAAUAGUUGCAAAAAGCCAUACGGAGAAAAGGAGAAAAAGGAGAAAAAGAUCGGUUCUUCCUGCCUAUUCUUUAGUAUUUUAGCCUGAUGAAUACGUUGGUACAGGUUUUGAAAGUGUCCGGACACAAGGAUAUGGAUACCAAUUAUAUGUCAGCUAAAAAUACAACAUUGGAAAAGACUACGGAUCAAGAAAAUGAACAUCUAAAUCUAUCUCAACUUAGGAAAGCAAUUGAUGAAACGGAAGCUGAGGACACGGUGCUUGGCAAUGAGAUAUUGGAGCUACUAAAAGAGAUUGAGAUACGGCCUGAAACUUUUCCUGAGUAUGUUAAAGAGAGUCUGAAAGAUGUUUCAAUGAUACUAAAAGAAUAUGGAUUAUCUGAUGUCGAUGAAACCUCAUUGUUGAUAGCUAUGGAACGUAAAACCAUUCAUGAUAAAAAACGGCAGUUGUUAGAGCGCGAAUCACGAACUAAAUAUAGGCAGUUAUUAGACAAACACUCUAUUCUUCAGAAGGAGCUGUGUGAUUUAAAAGGCAAUGUCAGAUGUAUAGUAAAUUCAAUUGCAGAAAUGAAAGAUGAAAUCAAGAAUGAUGAUAUUAGUUGCAAAUCACAAACAACUAAGUUGGACGAGUAUAAUGAGUUGGCUUGUAAAAUGGAAACUGGUCAUGACAAUUUAGAUAUGAAGAAAUUUGAACCAAAAAAAUUAUUGGACAAAUACAGAAGGUUCAUUACAUUGAAUGACCACUUGGUAGAACUUGAGCAGACUUUAGCACCAUACAGUGAUUUACCUCCGAACUUAUUACAGGCCCGGGCUCUCCUUAACAGUAAAGAGAUGGAGUAUAAACAAAUAUCAGAACAGUUUCUUUCAGCAUCUUUGAGUAAUAUAUAAUAAUUAUCAUCUUUUGUGUCAAAAUACUACAUUUUUUCUUCGAUUCGUUCCUUCUAAUGAAAAAUUGGGUACUCGUUUUCUGUCUCACUGGCUCCGAUUUAUAAAUGAAAGGAUGUAAUAGUGAUUGCAAUCAUAUUGUUUGUUGCCAUUAAAAGCAAAAAUAAUCCAGAGCUUAUGAAAAAAAAUCUCGUAAGUAAUUGUGAACAAUUUAUUAAAGAUUUUAUACAUGUAUAAUGUCCUGACCGUAUUUUCCAUUCUUUCAAAUCAAUUGCUUUAACUUUAUCAUUUUUACUUAUACCAUUUCUUCUAUACAGUACCAUUACUAUGGAAUCAUCAAAGAAAUAUUUUAAUUUAAUUUGUGUUUGCAUUAUUGCAACCAUGUGAUUUUAGCUCAUUUAUUUUGAGUUCAAUUUUUAUAAAAGGAUGGAAAAUGAUUGAAGAAAUACUUAGUAACUCUGUACAGAACCUAUUUCUUUAAACCAAAUUUUUUACAUCAGAAGAGAUGAGAUAAUUAUGGUAUCAGUAGACUUCGAACUAUUAAGUAUGUUUUCUAUUGUCUUAAUUUGUAACAAACCCCAGGUUUUUAAACAAGUCUUCACAUUUACAUCUAGCUAUCUAUAGUUUACAGAGUUUAACGUUUGUAUACAUUUUUUACAUUUUGUCUAAUUUACUUUUCUUGAAUAUACAACUAUUGAUAGGUAUGCAAAAUAGGACAAUAGUAUAAACUAUAGAACUGUAUGUACCAGAAGUAGAUUGGUAAACUGGGUUUAAUUAUCAAUUAUUGGUCGACAUUUUUAUAACUUUUAUUUGUUUGUGAUUUCGAAAAUUUUAGUAUGAAGUAAAGCCCUAUAACUAUCUUUGAGGACACACCAUCGUGAUUCACCUAUGUUAAAAAUAGGACUCCGUUUGCAAUACGGAAAGGGCUUUAUAAAUAAAAGUCACGUAAUGGUUACACCAAUUAGAAACUCAUUUUAAUGGUGAUUUAUUCAAAGUCUGUAUAUGUUGGCCGACUCUAGAUUAAUAACUAAAAACAUGAUUAAAAGCCUGGUCAUUGUAUCAUUUUAUGCCUUACCAACCAAUGUAGACAUCCCUACCAAAGCUGAUAAGAAUUGAGAGCAAUCUUUUGAUUCAAUUAUCAAACGUUUGAUCACACACUUUCUGUAGA